GAGAACAGCGUAUACUCAUGCAUUGGAAUAGUGGUGUAAUCAAAGAUAAAUAGGUGAAUAAAAAGAAAAUAUGAUACAUGGAAUGAGAUUGAACAGAAGCAUUGGUGUAACAGUGCAUUGCGACAGUUGAUGUUAAAAGGUUUUAUUUCGCUUCGGGUUUUUGAUAAAAUCAAGCACUUUGCUCUAUAUUUGGAGUUCAACAAUUACAAUUAAUGAGCAAGAAAAACAGUGUCAGUGCGUUCUUUUUCAGUUCACAUAGCAGAAAGUAGUUCACGAAAACUGCUGAAAAUAAAAGCAAUCAAAAUUAACCUAGAAUAGUGAAGUAACGUACACAACACAACCGGCACAGUAAGUGAGAGAACCAAAGAGAUGUGUAGUGAGACGUGAGUUAACAAAAACGAAGCAAAAGAAAUCUCUCUUCUUCCUGGUUUGUGUAAUCAAAGAGGUAACACGAAAGUAGCAGCAGGUACAGCAACAAGCUUAUCUGCCGACUAUUGUGCUGCUGUGUGGUGACUUCAACGCCAUUGUUGAAAGUUAAUCGUGCAUAAAAAGAAAAUAAGUAAUUAUCCUUUUAAAUAAGAAAAUUGUGGAAAGAGAGGAGAAGCACACCUUGAGGGGAAACAAAAAAAUGUUCAACCAAGUUGAAAAUUGGGAAGAGCUGAAGAAAAUAAUCGAUGUGCUACAAUUAUAAGUGAGAUAAUUCCGUUGUUUUUCUUUCUUCUCUCUUCCUUCCUCGAUGCUUGCAUUUGGACUCACCACUAUUACCACCCCCAAAUGGUUGGUUGAUUCUCUAACUAUCUUCGGCUAAUAUUCGUUCCCGUCAUCGGAAUAUAUCGUACGGUUUUUUUUUUUACUGUGUGUGCCGUUAACAUGGAGACUAGCUAUAACAGUGGCAACGGAGAAUUCGACGUUAAUAUGUUCGAUCAAUAUAUAUACAAGCGUACCGAAUCAAAUCUCGACGUGUCAUUGUCCGUACCACAUUAUAAUGGUCAACACGGUCCUCAUUACAAUAUGAAUGAUCAUACGUUCCAUACGCCAUCAUUUGGAGAUGAAGAAUUUGACAUUCCAACAAUGAAUUCACACCUCCAUUCCCAACAUCAACAACAGCAACAUCAGCAACCAAACCACCAACAGCAACAGCCGCAGCAGCAUUCUCACCAGACGCAUCAAAUAGAACAACAUCAGUAUCAAAUGCACAAUAACGGCCAACCACCGCCUCAUAUAGGAAUGCUGAAUGACCAACAGCAACCACAACAGCAACAAUACACUCAAUGGCAUCAAGAUUCACAUUUAAAUCACCACAGUCCAUACCCGAUGCAGUCACCAAACCAGCCGACAUAUCACCAGCUGAACAGUCCUAGUCCCAAUAAUCCGAAUGCAACCCUGCACGUUCUUCAACCACCACAACAGUCACCUCAGAUGUCAACGCAGAUGUCCCCACCAGCAAGCACUGGUGCUCCAGUUGGUGGCUCUGGGGGCUUCGUGGGCCGGUCCCCACCCCAGGCGAGUGGACAUCAUAUAGGCAAUAAUGAACCAGGAACAACUAGCGAAGAUAGCGAUGAUGCCAUUCCGACGAACACUUUGAAAAGACCUUCACCCGAGCCUGUAUUUGACGGUGAUUCUAGCAGAUCAAAAUCUCCUGCCGCGUCGUUAGCAAAAAAACCAAAGGUUGCGAAGAAAAAGAAGAAACGGGAUCCGAAUGAGCCACAAAAACCCGUUUCCGCAUAUGCUCUUUUCUUCCGUGACACCCAAGCUGCCAUCAAAGGUCGGAAUCCGAAUGCAUCGUUCGGUGAAGUCUCGAAAAUUGUAGCAUCCAUGUGGGACGUGUUAGCGACCGAGCACAAAAACGUCUACAAAAAGAAAACUGAAGCAGCCAAAAAGGAGUAUUUAAAAGCUUUGGCAGCGUAUCGAGCGAGUUUAGUUUCUAAGGGUACAGAAGGAGAGCAGCAACAACCGUCCCAGCAGCAGCAGCAACCAAUGUAUUCACCCCCUCCACCGUCACAACAACUUCCACCUCCACAGCAACAACAAAAUCACAUGGUAAACCACUCACAGCCGUCACCACAACAUGGCCAGCCGGUUCCACAAGUGAGUCCACAUAUGCCCGGCCAAGGCAGUCAUAUGCCACAGCAAUCUAACAACUAUCCACCACCGUAUGCAUCUCCGUAUAAAUCCCCACAGCAGACCAUGAUGCAAAUGCAACCACAUCUUCAACAUCACAACCAACCGACGAUGCAUCCAGGCCAAGCACAAGUACAACCACCGCCACACCACAUGCAAAUUAAUGCAAUGGCUGUUGCUCAGCAGCAGCAGCAAAUGAUGGGUCAACAACCACAGAUGGGAAUGUCACCGCAACAGCAACACCAGCAGCAGAUUCAGCAAAAUCAUCUCACUAGUGCAAACAUUAAUGGAAUGAUGAACAUGGGCAUGACACCACCGCAUUCUCACUACAUGAAUCAACAGAUGCACAGUCAGCAGCAAGGGCAGCAGCACUCUCAAAUAACUGGUCAUCCGAUGCAACAACAACAGCAGCAGCAGUCGGUGGGAGCGGGUGGCCACAUGAGCCCCCACCAGGUUGCUCCCCCGGUGUCCGGCAGUCCAACCCAGCAGAACGUAGCACCCCAGCAGUGUAUCCGGCACGGCUGCCAGAACCCAGCGAUCGUCAAUUCGGACUGGGAGGAUGAAUACUGCAGUAACGAAUGUGUCAUCACUCACUGCCGUGAUGUUUUUGGAAACUGGGUGCAAACGAACAACUCGCAGCAGCAAACGUACUCAGCUGUGAAAUAAUCCGCGCGUCGAAUUGUUAUGAGCAACAAAAAUGAACAAGGGUGCAAUCCGCGUAAGAUUACCGUUCAAAGCGUAACUACUAUGGAAAAUGUAAUGGAUUCGUAAUUUACUGUUAUUACUGAAAAAUACACUUUUUACAAUGAUACAACUUUUAAUCUAAGGUAUAAAACACUAUAGCUGAUAAGAUAUACACAAAUAAACAAAUAAAAUAUGAAUAAAUUUAGCAAUCACCUAAAGUAAUGAACAAUAAAAAAAACUAUUUCAACGGUCAAGAAAGACAGCCAAAAGUUGCAUAUAAAUUUAAUAAAGACAAAUUUAAGACAGUAAUGUCCCAAAAACCAAACAGGAUAGGUAAAACAAGUUUCGAAAAUACUGUCGCCCAACUUUUCUUCGUUACUACUCAUAUUGUAAAUAGAUUUCGAAAUGUUUUCUUCCAAAGAAAUACAUAAUUGAAAAUCCACUCGAACAAAAGAUAAGAAAUAUAAAAAACAGAGUGAUUACAAGUCCUUUGUCUUUAUCACACAAACCACAUUACCCGUGAGGCUGUAUAUUGUUAUUUCUCUUCUAAUUUAUCUCGAUGAUGUUGUUUUCGAUUAUUUGUAUAAUAUUGAAAAACGAUAGGCAAAUAAUUAAUUAUGUAAGUAGUUGUCGUUAUUGAAAACCUACAAAUAAAUUACCCUGUAGCAUAGUGGGACUCACGUAACAGAUGCAAGUAAAAAGCAGUAAAUAUCGAAAGCAUUAAGACACACAGCUGUAUGUAACUGGUUUAGAUAAAUUCUGUGUGAAAUGAUAAAAUCAAACUCAAAACAAUUUUCCUACAAUUGCGUCGCGUAAAUUAUCAAGCCCUUGGGCAUGCUGAACGUCAACGUGAGCGAUCAGGCGAGAGCCUUGCCGUAGGUUGAUGAACAGCUCUACUUAAGGCUGUUUAUUAACCUACGGCAAGGCUCUCGCCCGAUCGCUCGCGUUGGCGUUCAGCAUGGCAAAAGCCUAAUGUGAACGCGAAGCCAACGAUGUUGACAAACCUGGAGCAAGAGCCACAUUGAAUGUUGAGGAUUUAUUACUAAAACUACUACUACUACUACAACUACUAUUGCAGAAACAGAAACACAAUGUCAGUGAAAGUCAUUUCAAUCUCAGCAUCAUCGUUUUACCGGUAUUAACAUAACGGCAGUUACUCAAACGUGCAUAUUUGUUAUGCGCACUGCCAUUCACAUAAAAACUGCUAUACUAAAUCACGUGUUUUUUUAAAUAUGCAAGUGUUACUACAUGCAAUGGUGCCAAUGAAGGUUCUAUUAAUUUUCUCAUUCACGAAAAAACGAGAAAUGUAAGGUUUGCAAAAAAGGAAAAUACUAUGUCCAGAUGGUACUUGCAGGCCGUAAAGGAAACACAUACUAAUAAAAUUACUAUUUUGUAGAAAGUU